AAUUCUGCGACCUUUCCUAGAUCUACAUUGAAAGGCAUCUAGAUUUGGAGAGCGACGUAGAGUAUCUGUCCACCGCUCUUUCUUUCCCGUACUGGUGAGUGUGCUCUGCAUCUUCCCAUUCGCCUGCUGCCUGUCAAACAGCCCCUGCUUCAAAGCGAACACAGGCGGCCGUCUGUUUCUGAGUGGUUCUGACCUUUAAUAUUUUCUUUUCUGCGCUUAGGCUACUCGGAGUGCUCUGUGCACGCUUCCUGCAGUUCGACAAUCACCGUCUACAAUCGAUAAAUCGACUAUUGCUGCCGGCGCUAUCUGCAAGACGACCUGAUCGUUUAUAGCCUGUCUACCCGUUGGGCGCUUUAGCCAUGUCUGAAUCAUCACCCGCAAAUGCCCCGAAGCCGAGCAGUAGCGUCAAACUGGUACUUUUGGGGGAGGCCGCUGUAGGAAAGUCCUCACUGGUGCUGCGAUUCGUGAACAAUGACUUUCAAGAGAACAAGGAGCCCACGAUUGGAGCUGCCUUUCUGACCCAGAAAUGCUCUCUCCCGACCAGAACAAUCAAGUUUGAGAUCUGGGAUACCGCUGGCCAGGAGCGCUUUGCCUCACUGGCCCCGAUGUACUACCGUAACGCCCAGGCGGCAUUGGUAGUCUACGAUGUCACCAAACCCUCCUCUCUAACCAAGGCCAAGCACUGGGUGGCGGAGCUCCAGCGACAAGCUAGCCCCGGAAUUGUGAUCGCUUUGGUAGGCAACAAGCUGGAUUUAACGAAUGACGGCGGCGAGACCCAGGCCGACACCGAACACGAAUCGCCUGCGGAGGGUGAUGGCGAGGCCGGUGAGAACCAAGAAGACCAGGAGGACAAUACACCUGGAGAUGCUCGUAAGGUCUCUACGCGGGAAGCCAACACAUAUGCGGAAGAGGAGAGUCUCUUGUUCUUCGAGACUAGUGCGAAGACAGGGCUGAAUGUGGUGGACGUCUUUACUGCGAUAGCCAACGCCAUCCCAGAGAGUAGUUUGAAGAGUGGACGAGGCGGUGGCGGCCGACCAGGCGAAGACUCAAGGGUGAAUCUGGGGGAUCGCGGUGCUGCGACGGCGAAGGAAGGAUGCGCUUGUUAAUAUUGUGUUAUUAAUUCUUUUUUUUUCUCUUACAGAUACCAUGUCUGUUCAGUUCGCCCGGUUUACAGAGUGAUCUCCGUGUUUUGUGUUCUAUCGUGGUGUUCUGACUUUU